GAGGAGGCAGUCGUCCCUCGCCCUCGCCUGGAGGCUCUGAGCGACGGCCCCAGCGCGGCCUGCCUCCCACGGCCGCCCCGGCUCGAGCCCGAGCUCCCCGCAGCUGUGCGUGCGGGCAGCCCUCGCAGAUGGUCGCCGCUGGGGCAGGCCACACCGUGCUGCUGCAGAGCGAUGGCACGGCCGCGGCGUACGGCUUCAAUAAGGACGGCCAGUGCGACCUUCCUGCGCCGGCGGCAGGGCGGACCUUCACGCAGGCGGCCGCCGGAGCGUUCCACACAGCUCUGCUCCAGAGCGAUGGCACCGCCGUCGCGUGCGGUCAGAAUCGCGAUGGCCAAUGCGGCCUUCCGGCGCCGAAGGAAGGUCUGACUUUCACGCAGGUGGCCGCUGGACGAUGCCACACCGUUGCGCUUCAGAGCGAUGGCACCGCCGUGGCGUGUGGCCUGAAUGACGACGGCCAGUGCGACCUUCCGGCGCCAGCGGAAGGCCUGACCUUCACGCAGGUGGCCGCUGGAGCGUUCCACACCGCUCUGCUCCAGAGCGAUGGCACUGCCGUGGCGUGUGGCCAGAGGAGGUUCGUCGGCCAGUGCGACCUUCCAGCACCGGCGCGAGGCCUGACCUUCACGCAGGUGGCCGCCGGAGGAGGCCACACCGUCCUUCUGCAGAGCGAUGGCACCGCCGUGGCGUGUGGCCGGGACGACGACGGCCAGUGCCAGCUCCCGGCGCCGGCGGGCGGCCCCCCCUGCUACGCAGUUCACCGCCUGUGCCACGCUGCUGCUGCAGGUCUCUCUCGGUGGCAGCUCGGUGUCCUUCGCGCCGCCGGGUGGGGUGGAGCGGUGCCCGACUGAGGCGGCCGCCAGCGCUCGCAGUGCCAGUGUCAGGAGGGAAAGGAACACACAGACACAAUUAAUCGUCGAUCCCCAGGAAAAUAUGGGAA